AUGGUGAAGUUCAUCAAACCAGGAAAGGUAGCCAUCGUCACACGCGGCCGAUACGCAGGCAAGAAGGUCGUUAUUGUGCAACCAGUCGACAACGGCAGCAAGGCCCACCCAUUCGCGCAUGCUCUCGUUGCCGGUGUCGAGCGUUAUCCGCUCAAGGUGACCCGCUCAAUGUCCGCUAAGCGUAUGGCGAAGCGAUCCAAGGUCAAGCCUUUCGUCAAGGUCAUCAACUACAACCACCUGAUGCCUACACGUUACGCACUCGAGCUCGAGUCACUCAAGGGAGUCAUCUCAGCAGACACAUUCAAGGAGCCUUCUCAGCGUGAAGAUGCAAAGAAGACCAUCAAGAAGUCUUUCGAGGAGAGGUACACCUCGGGCAAGAACAAGUGGUUCUUCACACCUCUGCGAUUCUAG